AAGAAUUCGUAGAACCUUGUUAUUUCGUCCUCCACAAAAACACCGUCGCGAAACACCAGCUCCGGCGUCGUUGCCGUACCUUUAUCUGAACAUAAACAUCCUUCAUUAUUAACAGCAUCAAUCAUUCAAUACUCAAAACCCCGUCACCAGUGCGUCACCGUCUUCUGUCUCACUCUGCCUACAAGCGAAAAAAAAAAAAAGAAAGGAAUUAUCCCAACCCUUAUAACAUCUUGCAUUUUCGUAGAAAUAUCCUGAAAAAUAAAGGACACCCAGUUGGAAUAGAGUGAGAGAAAAAAAAAAUGAUGGGCUACGAAAACCAGGGAUAUGAAGAAGCGCAUCUCCACGCGCCGAAAGAGCAGAUGUCGUCGAUCAUCCUCGCCAAUGAUGAUCCAUCGCUACCAUCCAAUGGCUCGAAAUCGUUUAUCGAUGACCCACUCACUUCAUCUUCACAGUUCGUCGAGAUCCCUACUGACGAUGCUGAUCAUCCGAGCUCGCCCCCAUCGAAACAAAACCCAAACCCUAGCCACAGCUCAAUCAAUUCCUUCCUCGAGCCCCCUUCUUAUGCAGAAGCAGUUUUCAAAUCCUUCGAUUUGGAUUCAAUUGAUUCUGCUGAUAUUAACGGCCAAGAUCUCUCCCCGUUGGCAUCGCCGUCGUUUUCAUCAUAUUACCUCAAAAUCUCAGUUUCAGAUCCACAGAGGGAGCAGGAGCUAUCUAGUUCACUUGUCCCGGGAGGAAAUACAUACGUUUCAUACUUGAUUACAACCUUCACAAACAUGCCAGAAUUUAGCGGCACUGAAUUUAAUGUCAGGAGGCGAUUUCGAGAUGUAGUUGCCCUUGCUGAUAGAUUAGCAGAGAACUUUCGUGGGUUUUUUAUUCCAUUGAGGCCGGAUAAGGGUGUGGUGGAGAGCCAGGUGAUGCAGACUAACGAAUUUGUCGAGCAAAGGCGUGCGGCAUUGGAGAAAUAUCUGAAGCGUCUUGCCGCACACCCUGUAAUAAGGAUGAGCGAGGAACUGCGGCUGUUUCUAGAAACUUCUGGGAAAAUGUCGCUGGCAAGGACGAAUGACUUGUCGUCAAGAAUGUUCGAUAGUGGGCUGGCUGAAACAAGUGAGGCAGUGCUGCCUGCAAGGGGUGGGAGGGAUUUCUUGAGGAUGUUUAAGGAGUUGAAGCAGUCGGUGUCGAAUGAUUGGGUUGGGGCAAAGCCACCGAUUGUCGAUAUUGAUAAAGAGUUUUUGGACAGGAAAGAAAAUUUGCAGGAUUUCGAGCAGCAGUUGGUGAAUGUUUCUCAGCAGGCUGAAUCACUUGUCAAAGCCCAGCAAGAUAUCGGGGAAACAAUGGGUCAACUGGGCCUAGCAUUUGUCAAAUUAACCAAAUUUGAAACAGAGGAAGCUAUUUAUAAUUCCCAAAGAGCGCGUGCUUUGGACAUGAAAAAUGUGGCUACUGCUUCCGUAAAAGCAAGUAGAUUAUAUCGUGAAUUAAAUGCUCGAACUGUCAAACAUUUGGACAAGCUUCAUGACUAUCUUGGUGUGAUGCUUGCUGUGAAUAAUGCAUUUUCGGACCGAUCAAGUGCUUUUUUGACCGUACAAACUCUUUUAUCUGAUUUAUCAUCAUUACAUUCAAGAAUAGAGAAGCUAGAAGCUGCUUCGUCGAAGAUAUUUGGUGGUGAUAGAUCGAGGAUUCGGAAAAUAGAAGAGCUGCGAGAAACUGUUAGAGUAACCGAGGAUGCUAAAAAUUCUGCAGUUAGAGAAUAUGAAAGAAUCAAGAGCAACCGUCUUAAGACAGAGAGAACAAUUUCUUUUAUUGUUCAAACACAUGAGACCUUCUUUUCUGUCGAGUACAUACCAUCAUCUUUUGAAUCAGGAGCAGUAGAUGGAGAUGGAGCAUUUGAGCCUUUGAGUUUGACGGUCAUUCCCAAAGCAGAUCGUCUCAGAACAGGAACAAAUGGAAAAGGAGAAGAUAAUUCUUAUUAUGAAAAUAAUAGAAAUGAGCUUGAGAGAUUAGAAAAGGAGAGGCAUGAUGAUUUUGUGAACAUGCUGAAAGGAUUCAUUGUUAAUCAGUGUGCUCAGAAAGAUUGGAAACAUGUAAAGAUGAUGGUGGGGCCGUGCAAGUCCCACAUUUUUGCUUCUGAAUCGGAUGCUGGAUAUGCUGAGAAGAUGGCUAAUGUAUGGGAGACAGUUGCUGAAGAAACUAGUGGAUAUGCAAAGAAAAUCGAUAGCUGAAUAUCAGAUUGUACAUAUAUUUGUUUCAAUCUAGUCAUACGGUGUUAAUGAAGUUACCUUUCUCCAUUGUUAUUAUCACUAUAUUUCUUAGACAUCUAAACUAGGUGAAAGUAUGUAAAAAAUUAUCGAGCUGUUGUUUGUCUCAAUUAUUUUAAUUUUUAUGCUUUGGUUUUAAAUGAUCUUUGACGUUUAUUAUUCUUCUGAAG